ACAAAGUUUCGUAUAUUACCGAAAACUACGUUGAACGUCGUUGAGACGGAGCAUCAACGACUUCGGAAAAACGAUAUAAUGGAUUGCAAGCAUAACCAAGAUGGCGUAGUAUUCGGACGCACUAAUUUUAAUCAAUAAAUGAUACUGUGAGUCGCAUUUAUUUCCAUACUCUGAAUUUUGUAAAGAUGGAUUUGCCUUGUGAUUGGCAAUUUAAUCAACAUAAUGUUUUACACCGAACUCAAUAUUUAUUAGAAACAGGACUAUGGUCUGACUGUAAUUUUAUAGUUGGACUAGAACCUAAUCAACAAAUAUUAAAGGGACAUAAAUUAUUUUUGGCAAUGGCCAGUCCUGUUUUUCAAGCUAUGUUUUUUGGAAAUAUGUCAGAAAAAUGUGACAUGAUACCUAUUCGAGAUGUUGAUCCAGAAGCCUUUAAGACUCUUUUGAAAUUCAUAUAUACAGAUCAAUUUAAUGUUCAUUGUUUUGAACUAAUCUAUGAAUUAUGUUAUUGUGCCAAGAAAUAUAUGCUUCCCUCUCUGGUAGACAAAUGUAUAAACUCUUUAUAUUCUGUGUCUACAAAAGAGGUUUGUAGAACAUAUGAAUUUGCUAAAUUCUUUGAAGAGUCUGCACUGAUGUGCAAUUGUCUUAAUAUUAUUUGUACAAGGACAAAUGAAGUUUUAGAAGAACCUUCUUGGAAAGAUGUACAAUUAGACACAGUAUUAACAGUGUUAGAUCAAGAAGAAUUACAUAUAAGCUCUGAACUAGAAUUAUUUAAUGCACUGGAAUCUUGGGCAAAAGCUGAAUGCAUAAGAAAAUAUCUAGAUCCUAAUAAUGGGAAAUGUUUAAAGUCAGUAAUUGGUAAUGCAUUAUCAAAAAUUAGAUUUUUAAGUUUAGAUGCUAAGUCACUAGCACAUGGACCAGGAAUAUCAUUAUUGCUUACUCAAGAUGAAAUCUUUUCGUUACUGAUGAAUAAUCUAGGUAGUGGACAUAAAAUACCUGAAGGAUUUACAAUUAUUAAACAAAAUAGAGGUACAAGGUGUAAAACAUCAGUAAUGGACCAUCAUAAAGCUAGUCCAUCCAUUUUCUCACAUCAAUAUGGACAGUUGGUGUCCUAUCCACCGCCGUCAACAGAAUCUGAUAAGAGAAAGAUACUAGUUACACCAUCAUCAUCAAUUCCAAGCCAAGGUCUAAAGAAAGCUAAAUAUUUCUAUACAGAGGAACCAUCCUGUAUUGCAAUUGAAGGUGGUAUACGUGAGGGAUCAAAAUAUUAUUGUUUAAGACCUGUAUGUCGUAUAGAUGAAUGUUUUAAUAAUAAUAUACUAGACUGUUCUGUGACCUUUAAAGUAGACAAAAAUAUUUCUAUAUUAGGUGUCCAAGUACCUUCACAAGUGAUGAAAGAAGAUGUUAAGCACCUUGUUAUUCCUUCAUAUACUGAACUUUUAUAUGCCCAUCUACUUGAUUGGGAUGGUACUCGAUUAACAUACACACAUUUUUCAACAAAAGUAGAUACUGAUACACUUGUAGAAAUUAUAUUUAAUCGAUCUAUUUGUAUUCAAAAGAAUAAGGUUUAUCGAAUUGAGGUAGUUUUUAAUAAAUCUGGGUGGUACCCAACAGGAUAUUGUUCCCAAACUAUGACCUGUGAUUCUGUACUCUUCUCAUUUGGUAUUGAGAGUAAUUCAGUUGAUAUACAAGAUGGCCUCAUCCGAUCUAUAAUUUUUAAUAAGUAAUACCAAUAAUAAAAUAGGCUUCUGUA